CAGCAAGCACUGGUUCAUUCAUAUGCCUGUGAAAUUAAUGUAUCAGAGAGCCAAAAGAAAAUAGCAGUGACAGAGGAGGCAAAGAAAUGCCAGAAGUAGCAGAAAAUAACAGGACCCACCAAGAAUUCAGAGGUUGAGAGAGAGAGAGAGAGAGAGCACAGCAUAUAACACACAUCAUGAGUCCUUCUCUUUCCAUGAUCCAUGCAUAAGUUUUUGCGAACAAUACUGACCAGCAAUGACUGAUUAGCAUUUACUCAGUAUUCCUAUCAAAGUGGUCAAUCCCAAGAAGGGGAGGAGAGAGAGAGAGAGAGAGAGAGUCCUUCUCUCUGUUUUGUGUGUUGCUGAGGGAUUUCUAGUCAGCUGAGAGGAUGAGUGGGAGUGGAAGAAUGACGAGCAGGUAUUAUCCCUUCACAGAGGCACAGUGGCAAGAGCUAGAGACACAAGCCCUUGUCUACAAAUACAUGGUGUCAGGACUCCAAGUCCCACCUGAGCUCAUCUUCAGUGUUAGAAGGAGCUUGGACUCCAGCUCCUCCUCCCUCUCCUUUGGCCCAUUCCCUCCUCAUCAAGUGGGUGGGUGGGGCGAGUUCCAGGUGGGCUAUGGCAGGAAAGCAGACCCUGAGCCAGGGAGGUGCAGAAGAACAGAUGGUAAGAAAUGGAGGUGCUCCAAGGAGGCCUACCCUGACUCCAAGUACUGUGAGAAGCACAUGCACCGAGGCAAGCACCGUUCAAGAAAGCAUGUGGAACCACAGCAACCGCCGCCAGCCCUGUCGAUCGGCGCCACCGCUUGUCCACCAACUUCUUCAUGCAUUGUCUCGGCUAGCGGGGAACAUGAACACCACCACCCAACACUCCACCCCUUCAUGACUGCUCCUUCUUCCUCCGCCUCCUCCUCCUCCUCUUCCUCCUCCGCUUGGCCUUCUCCAGAUGCUGGUCCAUUCCCUCAUCCAUAUGAAGCAAGCAGCCACCACCUUCCGCACAACUACGUGAUGAAUCUUCAGUCAUACUCACAGAGUCAUAAAGAUGGCAGGUAUUUUAUGCAUGGGAAACUCAGUGAAGUGGACUACGAGAGGUCCUUCUUCCCAGAAGCUUCAGGUGCUGCUCAAACAAAUUUCUCUCAAGCUCAAGAUCAGUAUCAGGGCCCGAUCCAGUUCUCUUCACAACCACCGGACCCCAGAGAAGGUCGCUCCUUUGUUCUGGGUCCUGAUUACAAAUCAAUUAAGCCAGAGAAGGAAGAACAACCCCACAAGCCAUUACACCACUUCUUCGGGAAAUGAAGGAUCUUUCUACCUUCUUCUCCUUCUCCUUCUUCUUGUUCCUUUGAAUCAGACUGGUCUUUGCAAUUUGCCCGAGUCUCGCUGAUGGGGGUGACUUGGAACUGAGGAACGCAACAGUAGGUGACGAAUUCAAUUCCUGCUGAAAAGAGGUAGGGUCCCAUAUCAGGAGGAGGAUUCGCACUUCUGUUCGACACUUUUUAAUUUUAUCUUUGCUGCUUUCAUUGCACUUUCCCUUUCCCCUGUGAGCAAAACAUGUCUCAGAUUUGCAAGGCUUGUUUCUUUGACUGGAAGCAACAUUAGAAAAUGCUUCGGGAGGGACUCGCUUGUCCAUUUUCUGUAAUCAAUUCAAAGCACCCACCUACUUUUUCUU